AUGACAUGUGAGGAAGAACCAAAGUAUGUUCCUCCACCUCCCAGACCUCCUCCAGUUCCAUUCCCUUCACGACUUGUGCAACAAAAAGAGGCCAGCCAGUUUAAGCGCUUCACGGACAUGAUAAAGAAAUUGGAGAUCACAAUACCUUUUCAUGAGGUAAUCACUCAAAUGCCCUCUUAUGCCAAAUUUCUCAAGGAUAUUCUGGCUAGGAAGAAGACACUGGAGAAGGAGACAGUAGCAUUAACCAAAGAGUGCAGUGCCGUUUUUCAACAUGAUCUGCCCCGUAAGAUGGCAGACCCAGGUAGUUUCUCCAUUCCUUGCAAACUGGACAAUCUCUUUAUUGAGCAGGCGUUAUGUGAUCUAGGAGCAAGCGUAAGCCUAAUGCCAUUGUCGAUCUUCAAGAGACUAGGUGUGGGAAAACUCAAACCCACACAAAUGAUAUUACAAUUGGCAGAUAGGUCGACCAAACGACCUGCAGGUAUACUAGAGGAUAUGCCACUUAAGGUGGGUGAUUAUUACAUACCUGUCGAUUUUGUGGUUCUUGACAUGGAUGCAGAUUCAAGCAUGCCUAUCAUUCUAGGGCGUCCCUUUCUCAACACAGCAGAUGUCGUCAUCCACGUCAGAGCGGGUCGUCUUACUAUGUCCAUUGGAGACGAGACAAUAGAAUUCAUGCUCAAUCAAAAUGACAAUCCAGACGAAAGUGUGAAAUCUAUUUGUUCAGUUUACAAGCUCAAAACACCUAAGAACCAGGACACAGACACAAGGUUAGGCGAGGACCGGAUCCAGAUAGGACAAAAG